AUUUCGGGUAUCCAUACCCAUUGACAUCCUAGAUAAGGAGGAAGUCUACAAUGUCAUACUUGUACCACAUCAUCAGUAACAAGUGAAUUAUAUAUAUUUUUUUUAAAAAAUAAAUAAAAAUAUUUUUCAAUUAACCAUCAUGAGAUGAAUUAAUCUAAGAGAGACAAUCCCAUUGGUUUAGAAUGCCACGGGACUUGAUUAAGGACGGUACGUCAUGUUAGCAAUAUAAGAUGCAUUUUGAACUUUUUCGCGGGGUGGGAUUUGUGGUAGGGAAACUCCGGUAACUGAACGAGGAGGAAGUAGGAGUUUCUGGGAAAUGAUGCAAACUCCCAGCACGGAUCCCGAGAUUAGUUUAGAAAAAACAAUUCGGGCUGAAUCGCGCGCCCACAAUUUACAAGAUGUCUUGAUAAUCAGCUACAUUUAUAUAUCUGUAAUAUAGAUAUAAAUCUUACAUCAUAAUAUUUAAAGGGUCAAAAUUUAUUCAUUUACUUUAUUAAUAUUUAAGAUCAUAAUUUUAAAAUAAAUUUUUGAAAAUGGAGUAGAUGAUGGACUGGACUGGGCCAUACAUUUGAACAUAGAUUCUAUGAGAAACAAAAAUAAAACGAGAUGUGUAACAUGUGUUGGGCCACCCACGAUGGCAUAGUAAAUGACAAACACUUCCCAUCUUUCUUAAGGCCCAUUAGCUUCUGAAGGCCUAGAUACCAUUUGGAUUGUAACUGGGCCGAGAUUUGUUGUUUAGAAUAAAAUGUAUCACUUCAUAUGUAAAAUAUGUUAUUCUACUAAAACAAAAGAUGCAAGUGAAAAAUAGAACAUUUUUUCUCCAAUCAUAUAAGAAGAUAUUCAUGCUAUAAAUAUUAUUGCAUAUUUUUAAUAGCAUAUAAAUUGAACGUGCUACUAAUUUUUUAAUUUUUAGGUCAAGUACUAUUUUUAUUUACCUACCAUCACUAAAUAUUUAAUCAGGGAUAAGCAGUAAUUGUUUAUUUUUGGGAUAUGUGUAACUUCGAAAAUAAGUAAGAACAUGACUAAAAUUAGAUUAUUUUUGAAAAUAAAAUAAAUAGUAUUUAAAGUAUAAUUUUGCGAACGGCAUAGUGAUUGAUAUACGAAAUUUAAAAUUUGAAUUUUAGUUGAUUUAUAUUUUCAGUUAAGUUUAUUUAUUUCCAAAGGUAUAUUCCCGGGCCCUUGGAAUUACUGGGGCUGCGUUAACCGAACCAAUUCCAAUUACAAGGAACUAAUUCAAAUUCCAAAAUGUGGGGCCCGGCUCAACCAAUAGGAAAGAGCGAAAAAGAGGGGGGGGCCCACCGCCCUCCCCCCGUCGCUUCGGGGAGCGCGCCACUGCAACCCUAGCUAAUAACCAAAGCUUUCCAAAAACUCCCCCCACUCCCUUUCCUCUUAUACGAGAGAGAGAACAAACCAACCCCUUCCCUGCUGUCACCCACAUUCGCAUUAAACUCCUCCUACUCUUUCCCCUUCCCCCCUCCCGAUCCCCCGAUCGAUGCACGCCAAAACGGAUUCGGAUGCGACGAGCCUCGCCGCGUCGUCGCCGCCGCGGUCGCCGCGGCGGCCCAUAUACUACGUGCGGAGCCCGUCGCACGCGGACGCGGCGGAGAAGAUGUCGCUCGGGGGAUCGAGCCCCGGCGCGUCGCCGCACCACUACGCCGCCCACCACCUCCACCUCCUCCGCUACGCGAGCUCCCCCCCGAUCCACCACUCGCGCGAGUCCUCCACCGCGCGCUACUCCGCCCCGCUCAAGCACGCGCCCUGGCGCAAGCUCUCCGCCGCCCACUCCCGCGGCGCCGGCGCCGGCGCCGCCGCGGCGAUCGGCGGCGGCGGCGACGAGGAGGAGGAGGAGGAGGAGGAGGAGGAGGGGGGCGAGGGCGAGGAGAGGAACCUUUUGCGGCGCUACGCGUGCUUGUUCCUCGCGUUCGUGCUCGUGUUCACGCUCUUCUCGCUCAUCCUCUGGGGCGCGAGCAAGUCCUACAAGCCUAAAGUUCUCGUCAAGAGCGUGGUGUUCGAGAGCUACAACAUACAGGCGGGGAUGGACUACACGGGAGUGCCCACGAAGAUGAUGUCCCUCAAUUCGACGGUCAGGAUCGCGUUUCGCAACCCCGGCACCUUCUUCGGCGUCCACGUCACCUCCACCCCUCUCGACCUCUACUUCUACGACCUCAAAGUCGCCUCCGGAUACAUUAAGGAAUUUUAUCAGCCGCGGCAGAGCGGGCGCGUGGUGACGGUGGGGGUGGGGGGUCGGCAGGUGCCGCUCUACGGCUCCGUUGACCGCGACGGUAAGAGCAAGGGCGGCACCACGGCGGCGGUGGUGCCGCUGAACCUGGCGUUCGUGGUGCGGGCCCGGGCCCACGUGCUCGGCUACCUCGUCAAGUCCAAAUUCUACCUCCGCGUCCGCUGCGCCCUCUCUCUCCGUGAGGCCCACCUCGGCUCCCCUGUUCCUGCCAUCGCAAGCGCUUGCCACUACCGCCGCUAAAACCAUUUGAAAAACUUGUUCGAGUUUUUACUGUGGUAUUGCUCUGAAUUUUCAUGUUUGAUGAUAUGUUAAACUUAAGUUUGUAAAAAAUAUUUCAUUUUGAUUCUUGUUAGAUGAUAUAUUAUUGCCUACAUCCAUCCAGUGUAUCGAAUCAUCCAUGAAAUAAUAUACACACGCACGGGGCUGCAGGAAAAUAGGUCCCCACCAUGCGCACCCCGUGAUGCGGAGAUGAUCAUCGUUCCUUCAGUGCGCGACUCUUAAAGCAAAACGAGCGGUGAUUGAUGCAGUUCAUGUGAUUUUUCUUUUGUUUUUUUUAUUUUUUUCCCGCCAUCAACGGGUGAGGGGUUUUGAAGCGGUGGGCCCCACCGACCGGAUAAUGGUUCAGUCGAAGGUAUGGUGGGCCCCGGUUUGACUGUGUCUGAAUGGGAGU